CUAAGCCGUCCUCUAAUCGAUAAGCAACUACCAGAACGCCUUAUCGCCUCCAGCGCGUCAACCAGAUCGCAUUGAUUCAACUCCAAUGACCAAAGAAGUCGGUUUGACUUGACAUCAAUCUUUCAGGACAGGCUAAAAAACAAUCACAAUGACCGACCAAGACUCCAAACCCCGGGUGACCAUCGCCCUAGGGACAUCAUCUUCCUCCUCCAGCUUCAAAACCAAGAAACCCAGUCGACCAACCCACACCAGGCGACACCGCGCCGGCGCUUCUUCAAACCAUUACUCCUCCGAAUCCGAAGACGACGAUGACGAAACCGGCGGACAACGCAGCGGUCGCGUCCAAGCAAUUACCGAAAUCUCAACCUAUGGCGAUGACAACGACCGUCAUUCCUACUCCUCCAAAAACCGGGAUCGCUCAGAUCGCAGAGACCGUAACAGAGAUAGGGAUACGGACAGAGACAGGGACCGCGAUCGCAGGAGAGACAGGUCCCAAGACAGAGACUCCAGACACAGAUCCGACAGGCCAUCAAGAGAUGAUGAUUCCCGCUCCCGGCGACGCUCAAGAUCCCGCGACCGCAAACCCAAAGACCCCAAAGACCUCCAAGAACCAGAAACCGCUCCUCCCAAAUGGGGUCUAACAAUCAACCCAAAAUCCUCCUCCUCCAAACCCACCACCACCACCAGCAACACUUCCCCCUCCAAACCCCGACGACACCAAUCCCGUUCCCCCUCCCCAAACCAAGAAAAGAAGCCCCAAACACUAGAAGAACAAGCCCUCUCCUCCCUCCUCUCUCUCGAUAAUAAGGGUCCCUCCACCACAUCCAAGCGCAAACGCUCACCCUCCUCCCGCGACCGCUCCCCCGACCACUCAGACUACCGCGCCGUACCCAUCGACGACUUCGGCGCCACUUUACUCAAACAAUUCGGUUGGGACGGCAAGAUGCGGGGGAAGGUGAAGGAAGUCGCACACAAGCACGCGAAUUUGGCGGGUUUGGGAGCCAAGGACCCGAAAGGGGCAGAGGAGCUGGAUGCUUGGAACCAGAAGAUUAGUGGACGGGGCGGAGGGGAUUCGAGGGGGAGGGAUUCGAGGCCUGUUAGGCUGGAGGAUUAUAGGAGGGAAGAGAGCAAGAAGAAGCAGAGGAUGGAGUAUCGCCAUGGGGAGAGCAGUUAUAAGCAGGAGAGGGAACGGGAGAGGGAGAGGGAGAGGGAGCGGAGGGGGGAUAGGUGA